UUUAUCGUUCCACUACUAAUUAAAAAUUAACGUCGCCAGCUUAGCUACACAUAAAGGGGUUUUACAUCUAUCAUUUACUACUAUUUAAUACUAUUUAAAAAAUGGAUAUGAUUGUGUCAGAAUGGAAAAAAGUUGAUCUAUUUGAUAUAGCCGAAUUAUCAUAUUUGAAAUGUCUUACUGAUUCUGACAUUGCAUGUUAUUGUUGCAAUGUAACAACCCAAAACGGGGAGCCUAAAGUUACAGUUGUGUUUUGUGAAAAAAGCGGUUUAAUAUAUAUUUCUUCUAAACUUGACCUUAUUAAAUUUAAAGGAAAACUAAGGCAAAAAGCAGCCAACUUUUGUGCACUUACUUCAUCCAACUUGCUGGCAAUUGUCACUCAGGAUACAAAUUUUGGAUCAAAUAUUGAUCUAUACGAUCUACGAAGACUCAUUAAAGGUGAUGAAGCACCAUUAUUUGCGUGGGCUUACGUCGAUGUUUCAUGUAAAAUCAGUUGCAUUAAUGUAGAGACUAUCGACGAUAAUUUCCUUGCUUUGGGACUUGGCUUGGAAAAUGGCGACAUCUUACUACAUUACGGGAAAAUUAUUCCAUCUACAUCUUUAAAUAUGCGGCGAUAUUCAAUUAGUGAGAACCCAAUAAAUGGAUUGUAUUUUGACAUUAAUAAGCAAAGAUCAAACACCCAAACUUGCAACAUGUACGCAUCAUGCUCUAUUGGAGUCAUAAGCUUCUUUUUAAAGGAUAACUCUGAAAUAGUAACUAAUUUUCAAAUAGGUAAUGAAAAAGGCCAUUACAAUGAUUUCUGUACCAUUCGAAAAUCUGAAGAUGGCAAAAUGGAGGAAUCAAUGUUUGUAGUAGGUCGCGAUGAUGCUGUAUAUUGCUACACCCGCGAUGGCAGAGGCCCUUGCUUUGCAAUUGAAGGAAAAAAGAAAUUCAUUUCCUGGGUAGGUCAGUAUCUUUUUGUUGCAAUAAAUUCAACACAAUUUCCAAAUCGAAAUCAAAUUACUAGUUUAAUAGUUGUGGAUACCUAUAAUAAAGUUGUUGUUUUAGUCAAGCAAGUCGAAAAUUUCUUAUGUGCCAUUUGCGGAUUUGAAUUUGCGUACAUAACUAAAUCUAAAGACUCAAAUGUGAUGGUUUUAAAUAUAAUAAAACAGUAUGAUUUGAAUAAAAAAGUACGUCUACUUAUUGAAAAAAAUAUGUAUGAAAUCGCUUUGAGCUCAUUAAACUACGAAGAUUACGCCUACUCAUUUGAUGCUGCCUACAUACGCUUCCUAUAUGGAAAUUAUUUGCUGUUGAAGGGAGACGUAGAAAGUGCUGUUAACAAAUAUAUUAAAACCAUUGGAUUUACUAAACCAUCUUCUGUGAUUUCAAAACUUCUUUAUAUGAGGUACAACGAAAAUCUUAUAGAUUAUUUAUCUGAAGUCGAAAAGAUUAAACCUUCUAAGACCGUAAGAAAACUUCAUGAAUUUUGUUUAAAUAGUAGGCAUUUAAACGAUGAAAUCAAUCAAUUAAAGUUUUUAUUUGACUCUAAGGAAUUGGAGUCUCUCUUGAAACACUAUCAAGGAUUUCAACAAAUUUCAAAUUUACCAACAAAGUAUUUUAAACCAGCAAAUCAAAAUUAUAAGUAUGGGAAAGAAGACUUUAUAAACCAUUUGUUUAAUGAAGAUAUACCUAAAGAUAGUACCUUUCCAAGAAGUUCCGAAUUGGCGACCAACUUAAAUAAAUCCCUUCUAAUGGCUUUUAAAAGUGCUUGUACAAACGAAUCGAAUUUAUUACUAAAGAUUAAACCUAUUGUUGUGGAAAAAAGCGAGCGCUUUAAGGUUGAGUCUACAAAUGAAAAAGGUGCAAUUAAAUAUUUAAACACAAAAAUGAAAAGCACAAAAUACAAACUUUUGUCUUUCACCCACAAUCCAAUUGAAUUUCGAAAUGAUACAUGUGAUAUCUGUGGUGAAACCUUAGGUUCUCAGUCUAUAUAUUUUCUUUGCCAACAUUCCUUUCAUAAAGAAUGUUUAAAUUACAGAGCUUUAAAAUAUAAAGAUUUGGUUUGUGUUACGUGCGCAGGAGGAAAAUACUCGCUUCUCGAUGAAAAAAGUUCAGUUCAAUUUCUUUCCGAAUCCUUUGAUAUUGUGAUUAGAAUUUCAAAAUUAUUUUCUCUGGGAAUUAAAAAAGGAGAAUCUGGAAUUGAAAAAAUUAUAUCACUAAAUGGCAUGGUAAAAGGAUAUGGUUCUAUGCAUUUAAACAUAUAAAAUAAAGAGGUUAAUGCAAAUUAACCUUGAGGCUUAUUUUUAAUCAUAAUUAUAUUUCAAUUUAUCUUCUGUUUCGUAUUUAAUAACUUAGGACGGUACAUUAUAUAAAAUAUAAUUAUGUUGUUGUCUUUAUAUUUUUUAUGAAUUAUUAAUUAAUAAAAUGUUUAUAAUACUAACAAA